AAACAGAAACAGAGCAACGAAGUAACAGAAAAAAUUCCUCGCAAAUCUUAAUCACGAAAUUCAUUUUUCAUCACUUCACUCUGAUUUCGACGAAGUCCGAAGUCACUAAAAAUAUUUUUCCGCUCUGGAUUGUUUUUCUUUCUCUCUUACUACCGAUCGCUGAUCACAAACGCGACCCUGAAGCUUUUUCCUUUUCCUUCACUCAUUUCCAUCUUGUUUAUGUUGUUUUCUUACUUUUUCUCAUCGGCUUUACGUCAAAAUUAACGGAUGUCACCGAAAAAAAAUUCAUUUGCUUGUCCCAAAUCAACACGAAGAAGAUGCGAAGUGAGAAGCUUCAAAUAUUUCCAUUAAUGGUCUCAAAAAUGAUCCCGAUUAACGAUGAAUGAUCGACAAGACAGAAGGCGGGAUUUUCUGUUUAUUUAACAACAAAAUUUAUCUCAUUUUUCAUCGAGUAAUGAAGAUCGAACGUCAUCAAAUCGGAAUUUUUCAUUCAUAAAACGAAAACUUGCGGGUUGCUGCGAGUGAACAAAUGAAAAUGUGCGAUGGGCAAUAAAAAAACGGAAAUAAAUUUCCCAAAAUGAAAAUUCAUUUUACGCUUCACUGAUGUUUCAUCCUCACACUCAAUCGAGUGUUUCAUCCGCAAGACGAGAUGAGUUGUGAUGAGAUUGAAAGGAAGAAGUCAAAUGUAAUCAAACGAAUCGUUUUUAGGUGAUCCAUUCGAGAAAGUGACGAGAAAAUUUCUUCUCACAUUUCGGUGCACAUGAUAACGAAACGUGAACAUCGUGAAAGCAAUAAGGAAAGGAAAAUCAGCUGGGUGGACAUCUUCGACUUCAUUAAAUUCUUAAUUCAUGAUUCACAACUCGUGUUCAGUUUCUUUGUUGCUUUGAUUGUUGCACGAGUCUUGUGAUCUGCACAAAAGCAUUUUUUUAUGCCGAAUCAGUCGUUAGGAAAGUGCAAGCGAAUGUUGUUGAAAGGAUCGAAUCAUUCCUCGAUUUUCAGUUAAAAUUUCUCGAAAGGAAAAUAAAAUUAUGAGUCAAGCAUGCAAAGUGCUUGGCGAUGUCCCAAGAAAAUUCUUUUCCGUUACGACCAAAGUAACUUUAAUGGCUUCCGAUGGGUCGAAUGAUCGUUCCCACGAUCGUGUUCGGAAUGUAUAGUUUAAAUUUUGAAUAUCGUCGUCUCAAUGGCAAGGUUUUUCAUACGGGAAACGAGAUGAAAAAUGUGGCAACAAAGCCGAAAAGCUUAAGUUAUAAGGGAAACAAAAAUUUAUUGAGUUUGCGUGGGUGGAAAAUGUCUCAUUAAUUUUACUUGAUUUAUUUAUUCAACUUUCAAGUAACAAAAGAAGAAUAAACGCUGAGAGACUGUCCACUAGAUAAUCUCUUUCUUUUCAACACAAAACAUUGCGAAUGAUAAAAAUAAAUUUGAAACAAUGUAAAACAAAGCAAAAUGAUCUACAAUUGUAAUGUCGCAACGGAAAUUCAUUGAUGUGCAAUGCGUCGUAAGAUCUCAACUUCAGAUUCUUCAAUGUUGAAUAUUUACAGUUAAUAAUGUUCUCCUAGCGGUGUAAAUUGCCGAACACUUACUGUAUUGUUUCGUUCAUUAUCCGACACUUUGUGCAACAACAUUCAACGUUCGUUCACAGUUAAUUUUAGCUUUACUAUUUAGCUCUUUACAAAAUGCUGAAUGAAAUUCAUUGCAAACUUUCUUUUGCAUUAAUUAAGUUGUUAACUUUUUUAAAUCAAAGUUUCAUAACACUCAGCAUAACAAAACAAUAGAAAAAUCAAAGUUGAAAGUUGGUUUGAAGAAAUGGAUGCUCCAUUAUCUUCAAAAGUUGCUAAAUUUAACCAAGCUGCUACCGAACACAAAAGCAAUCAACUUGAAAAUCCUUUCAGUGGGUCACACGAUUCAAGAUCCAGAAGUCCGAAGUUACUUCUGAAACCGGAAGAGUAUGGAAAACCAAAGCCUGGAUCAUUGACAGAGUUUCGUGGAAUGAAAGCAAAUAUUCAAGUGUAUCAAGAAAUGAUUGAGUUAUGUGGGAUAAUUCAGCAAGAAGGUAGACCAGUGAAAGGUGAACCAGAACUGAGAGAAAUCACAUUCGGAGAAAUCUUCCAAAUUUACGUUCAUAUCAAUGACAAAGUCGCUGGGCUUCUUUUAAGAGCUCGAAAGCAUGAACUUCUGACAUUCGAAGGUGAAAUGUUAUUCCAGAAAUAUCACGACCAUGUGCACAUUUAUUUGUUGCGACCUUAUAAAGAAAUCAAAGAGAUUAUGUCAGCGAAACAAAACGACAUCCGUAGAAGUUUAAGUCCCAAUCCAAGAUAAAAUUCUCAUCUUUGUUCAUCAUUUGUGUUUUCUUUUGUAUAAAUUAGAAUCUCAGAAUUUUUAAAAUUGUUCCUUCCAGACCAACCAAUGAAUUGCCCUAACUAUUUAUUAGAUUAAUGUCACCCAGAAAACCCCACCAUGAAGAAUAAGAAGCAUCCUGUGUCAUUAGAUUUUAGACGAGUUUUCUUAAUUCAUCAUAAAAAUUCAAUUUAGGAAGCAAUAAAAGAGAAAAAUUUAUUUUCAAACUG